UUGUCCCACUUUCAACUUCACUACUAUAAAACACUUUUUUCUCUCCUUCACCUUUCCCUCACACACAAACGUCUCUCUCAUCUUCUUCUUCAACCCUUCUUCUUCUUCCCUCACACCCACUGUUCUUCAUAUUGCAUGGAACACAGUUUCUGAAUAUCCCUCACUUCACUACACACCUUUCCUUUGCUUACAUUGAACUCGUAUAUACAUACACAUGCAUGCAUUUCAAGGGUCUCCGGUGAAAGAGGGUGAGAAUAGAAGAUUAGAAGAAUAGAAUAAAGGUGGUUUUUUUAUUUUUUGGGAGGAGGGUCCCUCGUUCACAUGGAGGCAUCGACGGCUUUAAUGUUCCUAUCUGCAAUAGCGGCCUAUUUAAUAUGGUUCACCUUCGUAACUCGCUCCCUCAAAGGUCCACGUGUCUGGCCCCUAUUAGGCAGCCUCCCCGGUCUCAUCCAACAUGCCAACCGCAUGCAUGACUGGAUUGCUGACAACCUACGCGCCUGCGGCGGCACCUACCAAACCUGCAUCUGCGCCCUCCCCUUCCUCGCACGCAAACAGUGCCUCGUCACUGUCACCUGCGACCCCAAGAACCUCGAGCACAUCCUCAAGCUCCGCUUCGACAACUACCCCAAGGGCCCCACCUGGCAGUCGGCCUUCCAUGAUUUGCUCGGUCAGGGCAUCUUCAACUCCGACGGUGACACCUGGCUCUUUCAGCGCAAAACAGCAGCGCUCGAAUUCACCACGCGCACCCUGCGCCAGGCCAUGGCGCGUUGGGUCAACCGAGCCAUUAAGCACAGGUUCUGUCCCAUCCUGGCCGCGGCUCAGCAAGAGAACAAAUCGGUGGAUCUCCAAGACCUCUUGCUUCGCCUCACUUUCGACAACAUAUGCGGCUUGGCUUUCGGGCAGGACCCUCAGACUCUGGCCGUUGGGCUCCCUGACAACGCUUUCUCUAUUUCCUUUGACAGCGCCACCGAAGCCACUUUACAACGCUUCAUUCUGCCGGAGAUUCUUUGGAAGCUCAAGCGAUGGCUCCGCCUCGGCAUGGAAGUGAGCCUUAGCCGAAGCCUCAAACACAUCGACCAGUAUCUCUCCAGCAUCAUCAAGAACCGUAAACUCGAACUCGUCAACGGCACUGGCUCCCACCACGACGACCUCUUGUCUCGUUUCAUGAGGAAAAAGGAAAUCUACUCGGACGAGUUCCUCCAGCACGUGGCACUCAACUUCAUCCUGGCCGGACGCGAUACGUCAUCGGUGGCCCUCAGCUGGUUCUUCUGGCUCUGUAUCAAGAAUCCGCACGUGGAGGAAAACAUCCUUCGAGAACUCUGCACUGUUCUGCUCUCCACUCGUGGAGAAGAUAUCUCAACCUGGCUGGAAGAACCUCUCGUGUUCGACGAGGUAGACCGUCUCGUCUAUCUCAAAGCUGCCUUGUCCGAGACCCUGCGACUUUACCCUUCCGUCCCCGAAGACUCCAAACAUGUGGUUGAGGACGAUGUUCUCCCCAACGGAACUUUCGUUCCGGCGGGGUCCUCCGUGACGUAUUCGAUUUACUCCGUUGGGAGGAUGAAGUUCGUAUGGGGAGAGGAUUGCCUCGAGUUCAAGCCAGAGCGGUGGCUCUCUCCCGAAGGAGACAGAAUUCAGGUUCAAGACUCUUAUAAGUUUGUUUCCUUCAAUGCGGGACCGAGGCUUUGUUUGGGGAAGGACCUGGCUUACUUGCAGAUGAAGUCCAUCGCGGCGGCGGUGCUGCUCCGCCACCGCCUCGCAGUCGCGGCGGGCCACCGCGUGGAGCAGAAGAUGUCGCUCACGCUCUUCAUGAAGUACGGUCUGAAGGUGAACGUGUGCCCUAGGGAUCUGAAACCGGUGCUGGAAAAGAUAAAAAAGACCGAGGGUGUCGAUGUCGGUCAAAAGUGACUUUCAUUUGCUUAAUUAAACAGAUAUAUACAUCAUCAGUUUAAAUAAAGCAAUAAUUACGCUUUAUAAUAUAAGAAUUUUAUAUUAUUAUCA